AUGGCGCAGUCUUCCUCUUCUCGCUCGUACCGAAUGCCGUCCGUUGCCGGUCAGACGCAGCCCGGCGGCCGGAUUCCCGACUCUGCGCAGUUCAUGGCUGCCCUGACGAGCCGCAAGCCGCGCCACCAGGUCGUCGGCAGGACGCAGGCGAGCGGCGGCGACCUCGUUCUGGACGAGCUUCAGCCGCUGCAGGCGCUGUUUCUGGGCUCGUGCGAGGGCAUCAAGGUCACCGUGCCGGGCAAGGCUGCACAAAUCACACUCGAUCGCUGCAGUGAUCUGACGCUCGAGUGCGCGCUCGUUGCAGGCGCCGUGGAGCUGAUCAAGUGCUCGAACGUCACCAUCAAGUCAACGUACCGCUGCUGCACCAUUACAAGCGACAUGUCCACAGACUGCUCCUUUGAGAUUACGCAUCACGUGUCGCAGGAGGACAUCCAGUCGGAAGCGACGGCUCGCAAGCGGGUCGCGGAUGUCAACGCGUACCUGCAGUCGCACCCGUUGCCCCCGCGCGACGCCUCUGCGCCUGCACCGGCACCUCAGGCUGCUCCAGCGUCCGGUGGCGCACGUCCGUCAGAGAGCGAGCUGUUUGUCAAGGAGGCCAGCCACCCCUGGGUGAUCUUCUCGUCCCGGUCGAGCGGCCUGAAGGUUCGGUAUUCAAGUGUGCCGCUCGCCGAUUCCGGUGCAGAGCCCACCCAGCCUGCCGACUUUACCAUUCCGCGCGAUGCCGUGCACGAGCUCGGCGACGGUGCUCGCUUUGCCACGCGCAUUGUCGCAGGCAAGCCCGUCACGCUGGAGUGCGUCAACAACUAUGGCGAUGUUUGA